AUGAAGAUUUGUUCCCUUUAUGGAGGGGCUUUUCUGGGUUUAUGGGUGUUUUCGUUCUUUGCUGUGAGCUUCUGCCAUGGCAAUGAUAAGAUAGUACUUGAGGUAGUUGGCAUUGGAGAAUGUACAGAUUGUGCCGACAGUAAUAUUCAGGCUAGCCAAGCCUUUUCAGGUCUCCAUGUCACCAUAGACUGCAAGGACACAAAUGGAGAGCUCAAAACAAGAGGAGUUGGAAAGCUUGAUGAUGAAGGAAAAUUCAGAGUCUCUCUUCCUUCAAACAUAUUAGAAAAGUAUGGAAAUUUGAAGGAAGAGUGCUUUGCACAGCUUCACAGUGCAUCAGCUGCACCAUGCCCAGCCCACAGUGGCAGCAGCGAGUCCUCAAAGAUCGUCUUCAAGUCUAAAACCGCCAGAAAACACCCUGCUGGAAUACUCAAAUUCUCCCCGGCGACAUGCACUUCGGCCUUCUUGUGGCAUUUCUUCAUGCACCCACCUCUCCCCAAACAUCCACCAUUGAUGAACUUUAGCCACCCUUUCCAUUUUCAUCCCAAGUUCUUCCACCCAAUACACAAGCCAUUUUCACCGCCUGUUCCUGUUUAUGUGAAACCGCUUCCACCUCCAAUCCCGAUAUACAAAGAGCCACUUCCUCCACAUGUGCCAUUUUUCGAACCAAAACCGCCACUGUUCGAGCCUCAUGUGCCAAUUUAUAAACCACCAGUGGUCGAGCCUCCUGUGAUAUAUGUAAAGCCACUUCCUCCGCCUGUGCCAAUUUACAAUCCAAAACCACCAGUGUUCGAGCUGUUGGACAAUCUUCACUUUGAUAUAUUGUUAAUGCAGGCUUUCACCUAA